CAGGUAGAAGGAAAGUUGAGUAGAUUCCAUUCGAUCAUUGGCCAAACAGACGUUUCCAGGAAAGGUCAGUGUUAGUUUCAGUGCCGAAAUCACCUCCCUAAUAUUCAACGUUUAGAACAACAGCAAAUAACAGAACCAUGGAUCAAACCAAGCUGAAGGAAUUGGGUCUGCGACUGUUCGAAAUCAAUGCGUUCAAAUUCGGUGACUUCAAGAUGAAGGUCGGCAUCAAUUCGCCGGUGUAUUUCGAUCUCCGGGUCAUCGUAAGCUACCCGGAUGUGAUGGAUACGCUGACGGACCUGUUGACCGAGUACAUCAAACAGAUCAAAGUCGAUACGGGUGUGCAUUUGUGCGGAGUGCCCUACACAGCCCUCCCGCUGGCCACUUUGAUUUCCAUCAAGGCCAAACAACCGAUGCUGAUACGCCGCAAGGAGGCCAAAACCUACGGCACCAAGAAGCUUGUGGAGGGAAAGUUCAACGCCGGCGAUAAGUGCCUGAUCAUUGAAGAUGUGGUCACAUCCGGCUCCAGCAUUCUGGACACGGUGACCGAUCUGCGUUCGGAAGGUCUUGUCAUCACAGACGCAAUCGUGGUCGUCGAUCGGGAGCAGGGUGGCGCCCAGAACACUGAGGAGAAGGGUGUCCGAAUGCAUUCGCUCUUCACGCUGUCCUACCUGUUGAAUGUUCUGCUGGAGGCUGGACGCAUCGAGGAAAAGACCGUACAGGCCGUGGCCAAGUAUAUCGAAGGUGCCCAGAUCAAGAGCGACGGUUCGUUCAUGAAGAAUGGAACCACCGUCGUCAACGAGCUGAGCCGCGCCGGAAUGACCUUCGAAGCUCGGGCAGAUUUGGCCAAGUGUCCAGUCAGCAAGGAGCUGCUGAAAUUGAUGGCCAGCAAGAAGAGCACUCUCUGUUUGGCAGCAGAUUUGACCAAAUCGGAGGACAUUCUGAAUCUGGUGGAGAAGGUUGGCCCCUAUAUUUGUUUGCUGAAAACUCACGCGGAUAUCGUCGAAGAUUUCAGUGAAAAUUUCGUGAAAUCUUUGCAAUCACUGGCCAAGAAGCACAACUUUAUGCUAAUGGAAGAUCGCAAGUUUGCAGAUAUUGGAAAUACUGUUGCUUUGCAGUACAGCAGCGGUCCUUUCAAAAUCUCCAGUUGGGCAGAUUUGGUCACCGUUCAUUCACUGCCUGGACAAGGCGUGUUGAAAGGUUUGAAAUCGGUACUGACUGAUCCAAUUCUACAGCGAGGAGUAUUUCUACUGGCCGAGAUGAGUUCCCAGGGCAAUCUUGCCAAUGCUCAGUACAGUGCUGCCACGAUGAAAAUGGCUACGGAAGUCGAUUCAGACUUUGUCGCAGGUGUUGUGUGUCAGAGUUCCGAUUUGGUCACCUUCCCCGGAUUGUUGCAGUUGACGCCCGGUGUUAAGCUGGAAGGCGGUGUCGAUGACUUGGGACAAAACUACGAUAGCCCCGAGCACGUCGUGAAGGAAAAGGGAGCCGACAUUUGCGUCGUGGGCCGAGGUAUUCUAACGGCCAAGAACCAAGAGGAUACAGCCAAGAAAUACCAAGAACGACUUUGGGCGGCAUACUGCGAGCGAGUCGGAAUCAGCGAGUGAGUUUUACAAACCCUCAAACCCGACCGAAAUUACCAUCAAUCCAACCUACCCAAUCUCACUGUGAGUAUUACCUGUCUUCGAUGAGGUUCCUAUAAUUCGAACAUAUUGCUACCUGAUUGAAUCGUUAACCACUAUUUACCAUUCCUAAUCAUUCCCUUAUUUUUCGUUUGACAAUUUCGAAAUUACAGUAGAGCUGCAUAAAGCACGAAAUAAAAUAUUUUUAAUCAUAGUGAUACUUA